AUGGAUUCUGGUGACUCUAAUACUACACAACAACAAAAUACCCCAACUCCUUGUUCAAAAGGAUGUGGAUUUUUCGGUAAUCCUCUUACUGAGAAUAUGUGUUCGAAAUGUUUUAGAACUAAAAAAGAAACAACCUCAAAUAAUGACAACAAUAGCAUUAGUAAUAUAAAUACAACUUCAACCACCUCAACCACCACAAAUAGUAUCACCAAAAAAGAUAUUGAAAUAAAUAAACAACAAGCAACAAACGCAGUUGUCGAAACUGCUAAACUUGUAGAGGUUGAAGAACCACCAACAGAAGAAAAAGAUACUAAAAAAGUUCAAACCGAUACCACCAAAUGUUUUAGUUGCAAUAAAAAGGUUGGUUUAUUAGGUUUCAAGUGUCGUUGUAGUUUUGUAUAUUGUUCCACUCAUAGAUACUCUAACAAGCACGAUUGCUCUUUCGACUAUAAAUCCGCUGGUAAAGAACAACUUGCCAAAGAUAAUCCUACCGUAAUGGCCAGUAAAAUUAAUAAAAUUUAA